CUGCACGCCAGUCUAGCUAGUGGGCCAGGCUUCGUCCUCGACCAGAAUUUAACCGGGCGGGUGCUGCUAGCUGGUCCGAUCCGUUGGAGAGAGACGAUGGCGGAGCCCAGACGCACGCGGCCGUCGACGUUCCGGUGCGCCGCGGCGACGGUGCUGGCGCUGCUGGUGGUCGUCGUCGUCAUCGUCCUCCUGUGGCUCUUCCUCCACCCGUCCAAGCUCUACUUCUCCGUCGACCACGCCGGCACGACGGGCUUCAACUUCACGGCCGCCGGCGGGCUCGCGGGCGCCUUCGACCUCACCCUGCGCGCCUCCAACCCGAACGAGCGCGCGAGCGUGUCGUACCGCUGGGUCGACGUCGGGGUCUGGUACAACGGCACGUACCUCGCGGGCGCCCACGCGCCGGGCUUCUUCCAGCGGCCCGGGGACGAGACCCGGCUGGACGUGGUCGCGCGGGCGGCGCCGGACGCCUGGGUGCUGCCGCGGGGCGUGGAGGAGGGCAUGAAGAAGGAGCGCACGGCCGGCAAGCUGGCGGUGGACGUGCACGUCGUCGCCAAGGUGCGGUUCCGCUACGGCGUGGUGCGGACGCGCAAGUACACCGUUCGCGCCAGCUGCCCCGCGGUCCCCGCCGAGUUUGUGCCGCCGACCUCGUUCGACCGGGUGAACUGCCACGUGCACAUAUGAGUUUUACGAAACCCUGCGUGAGAUGGUCCAAGGGAUUAAGCUCUGGGUGGAUUGAUUGGUUGGUUGGUUGGUUUUAUCGAUGCCUUCUUUUCGUGCUAUCUUGGUUUGCUUGUUGUCUGCAUGCUUAUUUAAUUUCUUCGCUUAAUUACUCUAUUGUUUUAUUUUAUGCAAACUGAUUUUCAUGGAUUGGCGAUGUAAUUAUCUGUAAGAAAAUUUAAUUUGAACCAACGUACGGAGGUUGCAUG